GAGACAAAAAACAAUAUUGUUUUGGUUCGAACAUUUUUGAAUCAGUUUCGGUUUGGUUUUCCAGGACGAGUAUGUUCAUUUUGCCGCAAAUGAAUUUGCCAAAAAAAAUAUGUUUUAUUUUCAUUAAAAUUUUACCCAAAAGAAAAAGAACAAAAAGAGAUUAAUUCAGGCGCAAACAAAUAGAGAAAUGCAUGAAAAAACCUUGAUAAACAAGUAAAUGACUUCUUUUUUUGUAACAUCAAGUAAAUGACUAUAUUUCCAUCAGCUGAUUAGCUUGCUUAAGCCUUUCCGGCCUCUUAUUUACUUAAGUUUUUUGGUGCAGAUGUUAAGAGUCAAUCAGUUGUUUACAAUCUCAGGUUCGCUCAAGUUACGUAUGUACAUCUUUGUUCGAGAUCUAUUCAAGAAACAAGAAAAAUGUGGAGUAUAUUUUGUUGUUGUCAAUUUCUCAUAAUAUGCUUUCUUUUGCGAAAUGUCAUUUUCUGUCACAAAUUUCGGUAAACGUGUAGAUAUUAUCUUCAUAAUCAAAGUUGGUAUCACGAGAGAGAAAUGUAAACAACUUUUUGGAGGAAAUGAGUCAUGCUCUUUGUUUAGGAUCAUUUUGUUAACAAUUAUAACCUUUUUAUUACAAAAAAAAUUAGCUCUUUUAAAUCUUUAUGUUAACCUCUACUUGUAUUUAGCUCUAAAAAAACUCUUCUUGUAUUCGUAGAGAUUUAUAUAAAGAAAAAUCUAAAGAUUACUGUCUCUUAAUUUUCGAGCAAAUUCAAAGGCUUAAAUCCUAUGUUUGUUUAAUGUGAUAUAGUACCAACUAAUUCUUUUACAAUCAGGGGCGGAUCCAGGAUUACAUGUAGAUGGGGGGCACAUGAAAAUUAUACAUUAUAUUGUUUUAAUUGGGGGAAUUCCUUAUGUUUUAUACUAAUAAUAACUAUAGAAAAUUAAAAGACCCUAUACCCGGCCUUGGCUUUGCGUCCACCACUGUUUACAACAUAGUAGAAGAGAAGAGAAUGUAGUUAAUCAAUAUUAUAUAAAGGAGAUAACUAGAUCUCUUGGUGGUUGAAAGCCAACAACAAAUCAUCAUCAUACGUACAUAAAAGGGGCCUAAAUCAUGCCAAGGAAGUUGGUCACUCUGCCAUGAUAUAAUAUAUAAUACUACUAAAAAUUAAUUAUUUCAUUUAUAGAGCUUGUGGAAUCCAUAUGUAUGCACCCUCUUUACACUAGUCUUCUCUGUGCUUAGUUAUGCCAUCAAUUUUUGAAUGACGAAUUGGAUUAUAGAAGCAAAAUAUGAUGAGAUAGCGCUGUACUUUCUUAAGUAACAUGUAUUUUCAAUUUGGUACAUCCUUUCAAAACGUUAUUAAGUACGUAAAUCGGUAAAUGCACAAGUAGAUAACCUUUUCACUUGUAAGAUCACCUUUAGAUAUGGGAAAUGGUAGUUAUAUCAAUGAUUAUUGGCAUGUCACAUGAAUAAUAAAAUAACAGUAUAUCAUAAUUAAAAUUUAAACGCUAAAACUUAAUAGUAAUAUGCCGAAUAAUAACAAAAUGUUUCACAUAUGACCACAAAACAAUGUCUAUACAUAAUUUAGUGCCGUAUUAUUUUUGUAUAUAUGAUCUACCACAAAAAAAGUUGUUCAUAUUGCAAAAGUCAACUCAUUCUUUUAUAUGAAAAGUCCACUCUUUGAAAGUUUUAUAUUGUUAAGAUGAUAAAAAUUUACUCAUAAAUGGGGCCAAGUUAUGGUUAUAAAAGCUAGCGUUGGCCUUAAUAAUCACAUCAUCUCAAAUUAGUUGACAAACUAACAAUGGAGUCUCUGUUAUCACAAACACUAAACCAAGUAAUAGAUCCCACACCGUCAGUUCUUCUUAUCACCAUCUCUCUUCUAGUUGUAGUCUACCUCAUCUCACAAUGGUUUAAACCGCUCUUCCCUCCCGGUCCCAAAGGCCUACCCGUAAUUGGAAAUAUGCUAAUGAUGGACCAACUCACACACCAUGGUCUAGCCAAGCUAGCCCAUAAAUACGGUGGUUUGUUCCAUUUACGAAUGGGAUUUCGUCACGUGUUUGCCAUCACAUCACCUGACGUCGCCCGACAAGUCCUCCAAGUCCAAGACGUCAGCUUCUCGAACCGGCCCGUGACUGUAGCCAUAAACUACUUAACCUACGAUCUAGCCGACAUGGCCUUCGCUCCUUACGGACCCUUUUGGAGACAAAUGAGGAAAGUGUGCGUCAUGAAGGUGUUCAGCCGGAAACGGACCGAGUCAUGGGCCUCCGUCCGUGAAGAAGUAAACAAUAUGGUCCGGUCUUUGUCUAGCAACGUCGGUAAGCCCGUAAACGUUGGAGAGCUCAUUUUCACAUUGACACGGAACAUAACGUACCGAGCGGCGUUUGGUGCGGCCUGCGAGACAGAACAAGACGAGUUCAUAAGGAUCUUGCAAGAGUUCUCAAAGCUAUUUGGAGCAUUCAACAUCGCGGAUUAUAUACCUUUCCUAGGGUGGUUUGAUCUUCAAGGGAUAAACAAGAGGCUUGUUAAGGCUCGUAACGAUCUUGACGGGUUCAUCGAUGAAGUUAUCGAUGAGCAUAUGAAGAAGACGGAGACUGUAAACGUUGAUGAAGAUACAGAUAUGGUGGAUGUUCUACUUGCGUUUUAUAGCGAGGAUUCAUCAACUAAUCGUAAUAAGAACACCGUAAAACUCACACGUGAUAAUAUCAAAGCCCUCGUCAUGGAUGUUAUGUUUGGAGGAACGGAGACAAUGGCGUCAGGGAUCGAAUGGGCUUUGACAGAGCUUCUACGUAACCCAGCUGAACUCAAACGGCUCCAACAAGAACUCACCGAGGUCGUGGGUCUUGACCGGCGCGUGGAUGAUACUCACCUCGAGCAACUAACGUUCCUAAAAUGCACACUCAAAGAAACCAUGAGACUCCACCCACCGAUCCCACUCAUCCUCCACGAGGCUAUUGAGGACACAAAGCUCCAAGGCUUCUCUGUUCCCAAAGGCUCACGCUUGAUGAUCAACGCCUUCGCUAUCGCACGUGACCCCAAGUUGUGGGUUGACCCGGAAGCGUUUCGACCUUCUAGGUUUAUGGAACCGGGUAUGCCUGAUUUCAUGGGGACUAACUUUGAGUUUAUACCCUUCGGGGCAGGUCGGAGAUCGUGUCCGGGAAUGCAACUUGGGCUUUAUGCGAUGGAGGUGGCUGUGGCUAACAUCAUUCACUGUUUCACGUGGAAGUUGCCUGACGGGAUGAAACCUAGUGAGCUCGACAUGAGCGACGUCAUGGGUCUUACCGCUCCCAGAGCCACGCGAUUGAUCGCAGUGCCUGACACGCGCCUCAUCGGUCCGGUGUAUCCUUGACCAUGGAGAGAGUUUCACUGUUCUAUUCAGGAUUAAUGGUUCAAAAGUUUUGUCUUCUCUCUUAAGAUCUUGCUAUCUUUUCAAAAAAAAAAUUAAAUUAUGUUUUUCCACAUUGGGUAUGCUUUGUUUUUCGUUCACAGGGGCUUUUUCUUCCUCAAAAUGUAACUGUAAAUAAAUAAUAAAUAAAAUAAAUUUGACAAUGGAAGGAUUA